CUGUUAAACUUAAACCCCUUUCUUUGACACCCGAAGAAAACUUGACGCCAGAAACAUCGAGAAGAAAAGCACCCAGCUAUACUGAUCAGACUCUCUUUCUCUCUCUCGCCAAGCCAUGGCUAGGGUUCCAAGCAAGCACGAUCGAGAUAAUCCCCUGGAUUUCGAGGGAUUUUUGAAUAACUUGCAGGAUUGGGAACUUUCACUCAAGGAUAAAGACAAGAAGCUGAAAUCACAAUCUGAUGUGGAAAAGAUGGAACCUUUAAAUCUGAAAAAUGCUUUUGGUAAUUCAUCCAAUCUUGGAACUAAUGGAAGAUCACGUGAAUCAAAACAGCCUGGAAGUGGAAGUUUAAAGAAGAUUGGAGUGGAUAAAAGACAAAUGGGUAAAUCAACAUCUGUAAAUAAUCCAAGUACUGCAAGAGGAGAAGAUUACCUUAAAAAAUAUGAAGAUGUUAGCAGUAUAUCAAGUGGCUUUAUAAAAGAUGACAGUUCCAUAGAUGCUAAUUCAGAGAAAGAAUUGGGUAAUGAGUAUUUCAAGCAAAGAAAAUAUAAAGAAGCAAUAGACUGCUAUUCUAGAAGUCUUGCAUUAUCACCAACUGCAGUAGCUUAUGCAAACAGAGCAAUGGCUUAUCUUAAACUCAAAAGAUUCCAGGAAGCUGAGGUGGAUUGUACAGAAGCCUUAAAUCUAGAUGAUCGAUAUAUUAAAGCAUACUCAAGGCGUUCAACUGCUAGAAAAGAACUUGGUAAAUAUAAAGAUUCAAAAGAAGAUGCAGAUUUUGCUUUGAGAUUGGAGCCAAAUAAUCAAGAGAUUAAAAAGCAGUAUGCAGAUGCAAAAUCUUUGUAUGAUAAGGAGCUUCUUAAGAAGGUAUCUGCAACAGUGAAAGCAUCAACAGAAGGGUUGCAAAAAGACGAAAAGUCAAACAAUGGUCAACAAUAUACCCCGAAAAUUUCUGAAACAACAAGAGUAUCUUCAACUAAAACAGAGAACAUUACGAUAAACCAUAAUAUUGGGAAGAAAAUUAUAAAAGAAUCAGUCCAACAGCUUGCUGCUAGAGCAGCUUCUCUUGCCACGACUGAAGCUGCAAAGACCAUUUUGCCCCCGACUUCCGCCUAUCAGUUUGAGGUUUCAUGGCGGGGAUUCUCCGGUGAUCGUACCCUUCAGUUUCGCCUCUUACAGGCCACAGAUCCUGUUGCAUUACCGAUGAUAUUUAAAAAUGCCAUGUCAGCGCCACUCUUAAUUGAUAUCAUUCGGUGCAUUGCCACCUUUUUCAGUGAUGAAGUUGAUCUAGCUGUCAAAUAUUUAGAAAAUCUGCCAAAGGUCUCCAGAUUUAAUAUGAUCAUCAUGUGCCUUUCACCUGCAGACAAAUCUGAUCUUGAAAGAAUUUGGGAUGAAGUAUUUUGUAACAAGGAAGUUGUACUUGAGAUCCUUCAACAGCUACGCCCGAGAUACUGUCUUAUUAAACAAUAAUUGCUAUAAAUUAAUUAAUGUUGAAUUUUAAUGUACAUGGAUGUUUUUUUUUUUUUUUUUGAUAUCAUGUUUAGGUUAAUUCUUCUUUUUUACUUUGAAGAUUUCUUUGUUUUUGGUUAAUAUAGAAUGUUUUCAUUUAAACCUUUCAA